AUGUCGAACAACAAUUCCCCUAACUCAUCCGGCCUUCCGCCCCAGAGUUCUAGAGCACUUCCAGAACGUCAGGUUGAACCUAGCGAGGAAGGAAUCAUUGCUGCUAUUAAAGACCUGUAUACUUGCAGACCCCGUGAGCGUACAUACGAGGCUUAUGCCAAAGACGCUGUUUUCGUCGACCCAGUCGGCAUGGCUGAAGGCAUCGAGUCUAUCGAGGCCCAGUUCAAUGGUCUUGCAAAGUUCUUUCCUAGAGCGGAUAUUUCAAAGUUCCGCGUACUCCAAAACCCAGAUGGCAUUCCCCCUGGUACAAUCCUUAUUGACCAGGACGUCGCUUACUAUCGUGACCCUUCCUCUGCGUCGCCAACCAAGACGCUCAACUCGCUACUCACCGUCUCUACGAACGACCAACACCAAAUCACGAAGCACGUGGAAGAGUGGGACCACCAGAAGGACCAAAACAAAGAAGACGGCUUUUUCGGUAUGCUCAACGAUCAACGUAAAAAGAUCACUGCCAGUCUUGUAAACAAGAUUGUCAGCAGCCAACCUCCCAAAGAUGAUUAG